UGAAUCGGAGCUAACUCUAGGCCGUCACUGAAUCAACAUUCCCAGAUUGAUGUACUGGGCAGAAGUGCUUUUGUUUUCUGUUUCUAGGCUUGGAGUUGUGCUUCUCGUUUGUGGAUGUCCCUGGAUGGCAUUGAAAUUCUUUCCCGUCCAGCAGCUUUGAAGUCGAGGGAUUCAUCCGCCGUGCUAUUCCCAUUGCCACCAUUCGUCGCUUUUGUGCCAUGUCGAAGAAGGCCACCCUGAUCUUCUCUCGCCACGGUGAGUCUGAAUGGAACGUGGCCAACAUUUUCACAGGCUGGGUGGAUGUGGACUUGUCCGAGAAGGGUCUUGGUGAAGCAAAGGGCGCCGGAGAGUUGUUGAAGGCUGAGGGAUUGAAGAUCGAUGUGGCCUUCACCUCAUACUUGAAGAGGGCCAUCAAGACCUGCAACUUGGCCCUGGAAGCCGCAGAUCAGCUCUACGUUCCGACCAACAAGUCCUGGCGCCUCAACGAACGUAUGUAUGGCGGCCUCACGGGCUUAGACAAGAAGGAGACCGUGGUGAAGCACGGCGCGGAGCAGGUGCAGAUCUGGCGCCGCAGCUUUGACAUUCCUCCACCAGCCUUGGAAAAGGACAACAAAUACCAUCCAUGCCAUGAAGCCAAGUACAAGGCGUUGGACCCCAAGGAUCUCCCCGACACGGAGUGCCUGAAGGACACGAUUGCCAGGGUCAUGCCCUACUGGGAGGAGGCCAUUGUGCCCGAAUUGAAGGCUGGAAAGACCGUGUUUGUCGCAGCCCAUGGCAAUUCUAUUCGGGCCAUUGUGAAGAUGAUCGAGGGCAUUUCCGAUGAUGUCAUCCCGGGAUUGGAGAUUCCCACUGGCACCCCAUUGGUUUACGAAUUGGACGGGGACCUCAAGCCUAUUGCCAGCCCUUUGGCUGUCGAGCCCCUGAAGUUCGGCCGCUACCUGGGAGAUGCCGAGAAGAUCAAGGCGGCUGCCGAGGCGGUGAAGAACCAGACCAAGGUGGGAUGAGUUCCAUGCUCGGAGAGGAACUCCCGCAAACGCCUGCCACAGCGAGAAAUCUUGCAGUGCUUGGUCGGUGAGGGCUCAAAGAGUGAAUCAAUGUCUUCUAGGGUGAACAGGAGUUCCAUUUUCUUAUGAAUCAG